UAAUGUGAGCGGAGGGGGGGAGGAGGAGAAGGUGGAGAGCCCGGGGCCCGAGCGGGAGGAGAAGACGUCCUCACACCGGAGCCAGGCACCGAGCGGAGAGCAGCAGCCAGCGGGACACAGCCAUGAAGACCCCGGCCGCCGAGCCAGGGUUCGCCUUUCCGGACUGGGCCUACAAGCCGGAGUCCAGCCCGGGCUCCAGACAGAUCCAGCUCUGGCACUUUAUUCUGGAGCUGCUGAGAAAAGAGGAAUAUCACGACGUCAUCGCCUGGCAAGGAGACUACGGGGAGUUUGUCAUCAAGGACCCGGACGAGGUGGCGCGGUUAUGGGGCGCGCGCAAGUGCAAACCUCAAAUGAACUACGACAAGCUGAGUCGAGCCCUCAGGUAUUACUACAACAAGAGAAUCCUUCACAAAACCAAAGGCAAACGCUUCACCUACAAGUUCAACUUCAACAAGCUGGUGCUGGUCAACUACCCCUUCAUCGACAUGGGCAUGGCGGGAGGGCCGGUACCUCAGAGCGCUCCGCCUGUGCCGUCAGGAGGAACACACUUCCGUUUCCCGUCCUGCACCCCUUCAGAUGUUCUGUCUCCCACCGAGGAUCUCCGAUCACCCACCCUCUUCUCAUCCGUGGCACGUCGUCUCGCCCGUGGAUCAGUCAGCGACUGCAGCGACGGCACCUCCGCUAACUCUGAAGUCGAAGAGAGCCUGAGCGAGGAGCAGCACCGACGAGGCCCCUUGCCCGACAUCCCAGCGUUCAGAGGGCCACCGCUUCCUCGACUCACUCAUGAGGGCAUCUUCAGGGUCUACCCUCGUCCACGGGUGUCGGAACCCCUCAGCCCAUUCCCAGUGUCGCCCAUGGGAGCCCAUUCUGGCCUCUUGCCCCCUCAGCUCUCACCUGCCUUACCAAUGACCCCCAAUCAUAUGAACUAUACCCCAUCACCCACUCUGAGCCCCAUGUACCCAGGUGGUAGCCAUUUUUCAUUCAAUCCGGAAGACAUGAAGCGUUACCUUCAGGCGCACACGCAGAGCGUGUAUAACUACCACCUCAGCCCACGGGCAUUCCUGCACUACCCCAGUAUUGUGGUGCCUCAGCCGCAACGCCCUGAAAAGCCUCUACAUUUACCCCAUGAUGAGCCUCCAUUCAAAUUCAAGCUUCAGCCUCCUCCUUUGGGCAAAAAGCAGCGCCCCCUGGAACCAGGUUCAUCUACCUCCUCCUGCUCCUCCUCCUCCUCGGGGGUCCCGCAAAUCAAAGUGGAGCCCAUCUCUGAUGCUGAGGAAGAUGAUGAGGAACUAAUGGUGGAGGUGACAGACAUCAGUGAAGAAGAAGAUGAUGAGGAGGUGUUCAAAGCCCCCACAGCACCAGAGCAAAGACCCCCUCCACCUAUUCCUCCUGGGAGGGAAGAAGAAGCCUUUGGAAGUGAAAGCGGACGCUGCAUCCCCCUUAAGUUGCGCUUCAAGCGACGUUGGAGCGAGGACCAGCGUCUGGAGGCCGAAGGAGGAGCGGAGGAGUCGGAUAAGAAAGUGCGAAGUAAUCAGGAGGAGCCGAAGCUUCCCCCACAGCCGGGUGCGACCCCCUGUAGGAGGGUGAGCACCGACCUCCAGAGGGCCACAGAGGAACUGUCCCUAGAAAGUCGGGAUUCCUAAUGGAGGACUUGUGGGGCCCAGCGAGGGCAGCCGCUCUAUAUGCAGAUUAGUGCCCUUUGUGGGGUCAUGUUCCAGCGGAAUUUAUCCCCCCCAGCCCCCAAAAAAUGACCUUGGGCUCCCCGGAUGUAAGGACUUGAGUUUUUAUAAUCCUAUAUUUUACCAGUUCUUUUUUGGGGGGUGGGGGCCCUGCAUACAUGACUGGGUUCGCUGUAGAAAUGCUUUUUAUUUUUUAACAUAAGAAAAUUGCUUUAAACGAUCCGACUCCCCAACGGGCGCCAUCGUAACCUUCCUCUAUUCCGCACACGUGUAAAUAUCGCUUCCCUCUCUGCAUGGCGUAACGCUGGGACAUCGACCGGGAAAAAGUCCAAAGGAACUCGGAUUCCGCGGCCCUGCCCUCGCCAGCUAAAGACUGGUGCUAUCUCAGGUUUUUGGGGCGCAACACCCCCUCAUUUCACCCUGGGCAUUUAUGCACCCCAGCGACCAUCGUUACCAUAACCGUUUCACUGAGGAUCUGCGACGCCGCUGGCGCCAGCGAACGGUUAACCUCGCGCAUUAAUCUCCAUUAGUGUUGCCUUACAGAUUUCCAGUUUUAUAUAAUAAUGUAUAAAAGAGGAAUUUUUUUUUUGUUUUUUUUUUCUUCUGGAUUUUUAUAAACUUUUUAUAAACCCCUCCCCCUCUCUCCCCUGCGAUCUGGACUCGGGCGAUCGCUUCCGGUCCAGUUACUUUUUUAUUU